AUGGGUGCCUACAAGUACUUGGAGGAGUUGCAAAGAAAGAAGCAAUCUGAUGCUUUGAGAUUCUUGCAAAGAAUCAGAGUCUGGGAAUACAGACAAAAGAACGUCGUUCACAGAGCCUCCAGACCAUCUAGACCAGACAAGGCUAGAAGAUUGGGUUACAAGGCCAAGCAAGGUUUUGUUAUCUACCGUAUCCGUGUUAGACGUGGUAACAGAAAGAGACCUGUUCCAAAGGGUGCUACUUACGGUAAGCCAACCAACAUGGGUGUUAACGAGUUGAAAUACCAAAGAGCUAUGAGAGCUACUGCUGAAGAAAGAGUUGCUCGUCGUGCCUCCAACUUGAGAGUUUUGAACUCUUACUGGGUUAACCAAGACUCCACCUACAAGUACUUUGAGGUCAUCCUAGUCGAUCCAUUCCACAAGGCUAUCAGAAGAGAUGCUCACUACAACUGGAUCUGCAACCCUGUUCACAAGCACAGAGAAGCUAGAGGUUUGACUGCCACUGGUAAGAGAUCCAGAGGUAUCAACAAGGGUCACAGAUACAACAACUCUCAAUCCGGUAGAAGAAAGAUCUGGAAGAGACACAACACCUUGUCUUUGUGGAGAUACAGAAAAUAA